GAUUUGACAGAACCUGAGUCGUGAUCAUCCGGUUGAACCGUGGGUGGUGAGCCGUUAUUUACCAUCUCCCUCUGUGAGAUUAUUGUCGUGUCAGUUAGCCGGGAAGCAGCACACACGACUAUUUUUUUAAGGGUGAAGAGCUCUGGUUUUUGCCUGUCGACGUUUACUGAGAGAAAUACGGCGCCGACACGGGGGGGUGUCCCCCAGCCUCAACGUCGCUUCUACGGGCUAAGCUAACAGAGCAGCAAUACGGGUGGGGGUGGAUUUCUUCAUCUCGGCCCUCUAAAAGGGGAAUAUAAAUAACCUCAAAUGCUGUGAAACUAUGCCAAGCGAAGGAAACAGAUCUGACGAAGGAGAGGAAACGUCAGCAGCGGAAGAGACUCGGUUGAAGCGUCAAUAAAAAGGUGAAAGUAGUUUAGCGCUGCUAGUUGGCUAGCUAAACGGAUCGAGGAAGUUAAAGCUAGCCGCCUCGCUAAUUUGCCGUCAAAUGUAUUGCUGGAUUAGGGGUCGCUUAAAACGUUGGGGCUAAUAGGGGGGAAAGAUUCACGUAACUGUUCGGUGAUGCCAACAUUUUAAGGCUGAACCAGAAAAAGCCUCGUCCUGUUUCAUAAACAGGAGCCCAGCUCACUGUUGGCUAGCAAGUCGGAGGUUGUAAACAAAGGGUUCCCACCGACAACACCUCAGCUGGUCGCUGUUUUUGUUCCGCGCACACCGUCGCCUCCUUUUUGUGUUUUUUUAACACCGAAACUCUCCGUCGGAGAUGGAUUUAAAGACGGCAGUGUUCAACGCAGCCAGGGACGGCAAGCUCCGUUUGCUCCAGAAACUGUUGGAGAACAAAGAUGGACACGAAGUGAUCAAGCUUAUGGGCGAGAAGACGAACGGAGCCACGCCGCUCCUGAUGGCCGCCCGCUACGGCCACCUGGACCUGGUGGAGUAUCUGCUGGAGUGCUGCAGUGCUCCGGUCGAGGUCGGGGGCUCGGUGAAUUUCGACGGAGAGACUAUAGAGGGGGCUCCCCCUCUCUGGGCCGCCUCGGCGGCGGGACACCUGAAGGUGGUCCAGUCGCUCCUGGGUCACGGCGCUUCCGUCAACAGCACGACCCUCACCAACUCGACGCCCCUCAGGGCAGCCUGCUUUGACGGACACCUGGACAUCGUUCGAUACCUGGUGGAGCACGAGGCUGACCUGGAGGUCGCCAACAGACACGGUCACACGUGCCUGAUGAUUUCCUGCUACAAGGGGCACAAAGAGAUCGCUCAGUAUUUGCUGGAGAAAGGCGCAGAUGUGAACAGGAAAAGUGUAAAAGGUGACAAAUGGAGAGGAGCUGGACGGGCUGAUAUCGGACCCUGAUGAGAUGCGCAUGCAGGCUUUACUCAUCCGCGAAAGAAUCCUUGGCCCACAACACCCAGACACGUCCUACUACAUCCGUUACCGCGGCGCCGUCUACGCCGACUCCGGCAACUUCGAGCGCUGCAUCAACCUUUGGAAGUACGCGCUGGAAAUGCAACAAAUCAACCUGGAACCCCUCAGCCCCAUGACUACGUCCAGCCUGCUGUCGUUCGCCGAGCUCUUCUCCUUCAUGCUGCAGGACAGGGCUAAGGGGCUCCUGGGGACGUCCGUGUCCUUUGAGGACUUGAUGGGGAUAUUGUCCAAGAGCGUCCUGGAGAUUGAGCGAGCCGUGAAACAAAGUGGACCCAUGCCUCCUGACCCCGCUCAGCUCAGCAAGGCCCUGUCAAUCAUCCUGCACCUCAUUUGUCUUUUAGAGAAAGUGCCGUGUACCUCGGAGCAGGAUCACUUCAAGAAGGAAACCAUCUACAGAUUCCUGAAACUCCAUCCGUGUGGGAAGAACGGCUACAGCCCACUCCACCUGGCAGUUGACCGCAACACCACCUGCGUGGGCCGCUAUCCCGUCUGCAAGUUCCCCUCCCUCACGGUGGCCUCGGUCCUCCUCGAGUGUGGGGCAGACGUUAACAGCAGAGAUGAAGAUGACAACAGUCCUCUCCACAUAGCUGCAUCCAACGGUCACCCCGACAUCAUGAACCUGCUGAUCUCCUCGGGGACUCACUUCGACAGCACCAACGCCUUCCAGCAGACCGCCUGCGACCUCCUGGACGAGAAGGAGCUGGCCAGGAACGUCAUCCAGCCCAUUAACCACACCACGCUGCAGUGCCUCGCUGCCAGGGCCAUCAUCAAGCACAGCCUCGACUACCGGGGAAACAUUCCCAGGAAGCUAGAAGCCUUCGUCUUGCUCCACAGAUAAUGAUUGUACAAUGGAAACGGGACGGACUACACGAGGCGCGGGAGUGAGACUCCCGUCAAGUUAACAGAACACGUUGAGGAGCUUUACACUUCCGUGCUCGACUCGAGGAGCUUCAGAAGCACGGAGACUGUUAAUGUGGAUUAGUUUUUGCAAAUUGUGACUCAGAACUGCGUGCGCCAAAAUAUCCUUGUUUAACCAGGAUGAACUGACAAACGAUGAACUCUGUGACGGAGCCGCUGCUCUGACUGAUCACAGACUGAUCUGUGGGGAUGUAUCGGACUCAUGUUGCAACAUGGCAAACUGUUGAAUCUCUGGAUGAACUGAAGAAGGGAUUCACACGUUUUUUGUUUUUGUUUUUUUUGCUUGAGGGAAAAAAUAUGAAAUCUAUUUUUUUGUCAUAUUCCACUAUGCUAUUUAUUGAAUGAAACUUGAGAGAUUUUUCUCCAUGCUGGCUCUAACCCAGUCUCAACAUCGCCUGCUUAUCUCCUGUCUGAGCAGCCUCCAGGUAUUUCUACAACCGCUGGGACUUCAGGUUAUAAAUUUUUGUUUGUUUUUGGGAGGGGGUGGGGUUUCCUUCACAGUUGCCAACAGUUUGAACUCUUCCUUAGUCACCAAUGGGUUUAUGAAUUUGUAUUUUUACAACACAUUUUUUUUCUUUUGUUGUUGUUUUUUUAUUUUUAUCAUACAAGUCAAAAUGUCUGCCAAGUGGAGUAGAUUCUUGACUCGUUUCCCACUUUAUUGUGUAACAAAGCUUUACAAGUAAGGGGUUAAUGUGUGUGAACACCAUAAGUGCUUUAUUCUUCCUAUGCACAGGCUGGGCUGUUGGAAAGAGACUGUUGCAUUCUGUGCCGACACUUGUCUGUGCAAUAUCUCAUGAGUUUUUUUAUUUUUUUUGUCGUGUUUACCUCAUUGCUGCCACUUCCUUUGGUGUCCACCUGCUUAGUUGGGGGAGGUGGGUGCAGAACCAUUACACUGACGCUGGAAGAAGAGCGAAUGAGCUUCGAGUGAGUGGUGUGCCUGCAUGAGUGACAACGUGCGCUGUAGUUUUUUUUUAUGAGCUUACACAAACGGAGGACGGGAGUUUCGUGUCGUGGCGCUCGUGAUGAUUCCAUAUUGCACGUGACCGCCACUCCGAAAAAGCACAGCGGCCAAACUGUCCACAGCUUCUGAAGAGCCUGUGCACAAAAGUGACCUCUUUAACGUGACCUUUUUCUCAGUGGUCGUUCAUAAUCCUGCUCGAAAACGAAAUGGUCUCYGUUAGCUUGCCAACAUUCGCCCGCUGUGCACGCGCAGCAGCGCCUAAUCGCCGCAGCAGACCUCCUCACGACGCCGACGACAGCUGGGAUAGCUCGGCCCAAUCGCGUACGUCCAACUCCGCGAGGGCUGGAGGAGAGACGGCUCCAGAACAGUAAAGCUUUGUGUUGAUCCUGUUUGCACAAUUAGCUUUUUAGAUGUGUGGGUUGAACAAAAAAAAGGGCUUUUUCAUCAUUUUGUAGGGUUUCAUUUUGCAGUUCAAAACCAGACAGGAAUUGUACAGGACACCCAGGGCAACUUGAUUUGAACCUGCACUUUACUUCUGCGGAGAUUAGGAUUUGAUAUGGCAUUAAUCAAGUUCAUGUCUUAAUUACCAGUUUGACAAUAAAACCAUGUUGCACAUGUC